AGAGAAGGGCCUGGCCCAACCCCUCGGGAGAGCCAGGACCCGCCCCCCAGGCCGGACCUUGGGCCCCGCCUUGACUCUGCUGCCCUUUCCUGCUAUCAGGCCCUCCCACUUCUGACCUUGUGGUACCUCUGUCAAUCACUGAUCUACCGGGCAGCGUUAUGGCUUUCACAACAUUAUACCAGCCAGUUACUGCACUUUGAUACUCAGCCAGCACAGGAUCCUGUCCUGGCCCAAGACAGAAGCAUGGAGCCAAAAGGAAGGAGCCCGUCUCAGGAUUCAGUGACAUUUCAGGAUGUGGCUGUGGAGUUCACCCGGGAGGAAUGGUGCCUCCUGGACUUCUCCCAGAAGGUGCUGUACCUGGACGUGAUGCUGGAGAUCUCCCAGAACCUGCUUUCCCUGGGGCUACCAGUUCCCAAAGCCAAUUGGAUCUCCCAGCUGGACCAAAGGAAAGUUCCAUGGAUACUGGAAAGGCAAGCUCCAGGAGACUUCUGUCCAGAUGGGGAGACUGGGCCAGGAACCAAAGAGUCUACUCCAAAGCUGAGAAUUUCCUAUGAUUUCAGUUUGAAAGAAAUUGGGAGAUGUGGUACCAAGGUAAAUAAAAAACCAGACAACUGGGAAAGUCAUUCUAGACAAUUAAAGAUUACCUUUAGGCAAACUCCCAGUGCAGGGAGAGAUGAUGAAGGUAAUAAUUUUGAUCAAAGAGUCAAGAGUCAAAAGUCAACUGUUUUUGUACAACAAAGAGUUCUUAAACAAAGGAGUCACAAAGAAUGUGAUAUAACUGGAAAUGGCUUUAGACAAUAUUCAGAUUUAAUUCAGUGCAAGAAAGUCACCUCAGAGACAGGAUAUUCUAAGUAUAAUGAAUUUGAAGAGCACGUUAAUAACCAGUUAGAGCUUAUUCAGCACCGUGGGAAGCAUAUUGGAAUGAAAGCUCUACAGUGUAAUGAAUCAGAGACAGUCUUCAGUUUGAACUCAGACCAUACAAGAAAACAGAAAAUUCCUACUGGGGAAAUGCCUCAUAGAUAUAAUGAGUGUGGGGAACCCUUUGGCCAAAACACAAACCUUAUUUACUAUCAGAACAUUCGUACUGGUGAGAAGCCCUAUCAAUGUCAUGAUUGUGCGAAGGCCUUCAACCAGAAGUCUCAUCUUAUUGUACAUCAGAGAAUUCAUACUGGAGAGAAGCCCUAUAACUGCAAUGAAUGCGGUAAAGCCUUCAGUCAGAGGUCACACCUCACUGUACACAACAGAAUUCAUACUGGAGAGAAGCCUCACAAGUGUAAUCAUUGUGGAAAGGCUUUCAGAACAAGAUCCACUCUUGUUGUGCAUCAGAGAAUUCACAGUGAAGAAAUGCCUUAUAAAUGUAAUGAAUGUGGGAAGACCUUUAGCCACAGUAGAGCUCUUCUGAGACAUCAGAAUAAUCAUACUGGAGAGAAGCCCUAUCAAUGUGAUGAAUGUGGUAAGGCCUUCAGCCAGAGGUCUCACCUUGCUGUUCACCAGAGAAUUCACACCAGAGAGAAACCUCAUGGGUGUCAUGAAUGUGGUAAAGCUUUUAGUGAACAUUCAUCUCUUAUCUGCCAUCAGAGAAUUCACACUGGAGAGAAACCUUAUGAAUGUCAUCAAUGUGGAAAAGCUUUCAGAACAAGCUCUUACCUUGCUGUACAUCAGAGAAUGCAUAGCGACGAAAUGCCUUAUAAAUGUCAUGAGUGUGGGAAGACGUUCAGCCGCAGUAAUGACCUUCUUAGACAUCAGAAUGAUCACACUGGAGAGAAGCCCUACAAAUGUAAUGAAUGUGGGAAGACCUUUAGCCAGAGCUCAUCCCUCAUUAAACAUCAGAAGAUUCAUACUGGAGAGAAACCUCAUGAAUGUCAUGAAUGUGGUAAGGCUUUCAGAGGUCAUUCAUCCCUUAUUUGUCAUCAGAGAAUUCAUACUGGAGAGAGACCUUAUGAAUGCCAUCAAUGUGGAAAAGCUUUCAGAACGAGAUCUAACCUUGCUGUCCAUCAGAGAAUUCAUACCGGAGAGAAGCCCUAUAAAUGUGAUGAAUGUGGAAAGGCCUUUAGCCAGAGCUCCAACCUUGCUGUACAUCAGAAAAGUCAUUCUGCUUUGAAAUCUCAUGGAUCUAAUUAAUGUGUACUUGCCUUUUGCUAUGUAACAUAGACCUGAUAAGAUAUCAGAAAAUUUACCUUGAAGAUAUAGUCAUAAAAAAUUUAAUGAUCUUUUCUCUGAAUUCCUUGGUUCAUUAAUUCUUACUAUCUAAAAAUAUUCCAUGACAUUCAUAUAUGGUUUCUUUAGCCUUUCCCCAAUUGACUAGCCCCUUCUUUGUUUGAAAUUCUUUGCUACCAAAAAAAUUGCUGCUUUGAGUAAGUUGGUAUAUAUCAGACUUCCCCCCUCUCUCAAUUUUUCUGUGAGGAAUGAGCCUAGUAGUAGAGUCACUAAGCCGAAGGGUACAGACCAGUUUGCUCUAUUUUGGGGGGAAAUUUCAAAUUAAUCUUCAAAAUUGUUGGACCAGUUCAUUUCUCCAUAAAAAUUGUAUUUGUGUGUCCAUUUUCAUUUAGCCUCUCCAAUACUGAGAGGCAGCUAGGUGGUGCAAUGGAUAGAACACUGGGCUCAGAAUCAGGAAGACUGAUCUUCGUGAGUUCAA